AUGUUACGCUUUUUAAGCACUUCACCGAAAACGACCACGCGCAUUGGGAGAACGUCGUCGUCAAAAUCUGCGUUCAUAGGAAGAGCGAUUAUUUCUUCAUCUUCUAGCAACGCUUCGUUGCGCGCUUCUUCUUCUUCUUCUUCUCGAUUUUGUUUAGGGAAAUGCUACACGUCGUUUUCGACUUCUAAAGCUGCGACAGUCGCCGCGACCACCAGGCGCUCCUUACUAUCGAGCGCUUCUCCUUUCAGCACCACUUCUUCGUUUGCAUCGUUUCCUCGCUCGAACGCGAGUGAAACCGUGCACAGUAGCAACGAGAGCGGAAGAAGGAGGAAAAGGUACUCUAUCCAAGCGAAUGCAGGAACACCGAGAGAAGAGUGUAUGGUCACCACCCCUAUCUAUUACGUCAACGACAAACCACACAUAGGUCACGUGUACACCUCCACGGUGGCGGAUAUAUACGCGAGAUACAAACGAUUACAAAACAUGGACGUGUUUUUUCUCACAGGGACAGACGAGCACGGGUUAAAAGUGGAACAAUCGGCCGAGAAGAGACAGAUCCCGCCGCAAGCGUUGGCGGACGAGAACAGUCUGGUGUUUCAAGAGGUUAUGAAAGCGAACGAGAUUUCGUUCGAUGAUUUUAUCAGAACGACGGACGAGAGACACACGACGCAAGUGCAAGCGUUUGUUGAAAAGCUGCUAAAGUCGGGAGACGUGUAUUUAGGGAAAUUCGAAGGAUGGUACGAUGAAGGACAAGAGGAGUAUUACACCGAGACAAAAGCGAAGGAGUGUAAUUACGAGUCGCCUAUUUCCGGGAAACCGAUGGUGCGAAUGGAAGAGGAGAAUUAUUACUUCAAAUUAUCGAAAUACGAAAGCAAGGUGAAAGAGUUAUUAGCAACGAGCGAUUCGUUUUUGACGCCAAAAGAAAGAAAGAAUGAGUUGUUACAACGCGUGAACGACGGAUUAAACGACGUGCCAAUUUCGCGAACGAAUUUUACGUGGGGUAUACCCAUGCCAGGAGACGAACAGCACGUCAUUUACGUGUGGAUCGAUGCGUUGAUGAAUUACAUCACGGCUAUCGGUAUGGCUAAAGAUGGUGAAGCCAAACAAAAGUAUUGGCCGGCGUCCAUGCACGUCAUGGCGAAGGAGAUUUCGUGGUUUCACGCCGUCAUUUGGCCGGCGGUUUUGAUGGCGUUGGAUUUGCCUCUUCCAAUGAGAGUGCACGCGCAUGGAUUUUGGAUUCGCGAAGGACGGAAAAUGUCGAAAUCGUUGGGUAACUUUGUCGAUUUGACCGUUUUGAACAAGUUCUCAACCCACUACGGUUUAGAUGGGUUUCGAUACUACUUGGCGACGGAAGGUCCCAUUGGAGCGCAAGACGCAAACUUUGCGUCUUCGAGAGUGCAAGAAGUAUACGGUACGGAUUUAGUCAACACGUUCGGUAACUCGACGUCCCGAACAACAGCGAUGUGUGUGAAAUACUUCGAUGGAGUUUUGCCGGAAAAAUCGGACGACACCUCGAAAAUCUUCAAAGGGUACGAUUGGAAAUCGAUAUGCGAGAAAGAAGCCGCCGAGGCUGUUCGCGCGUACGAAAACUUGGAACUCAACAAGGCAACGCAAGCCGCGAUGCGAAUAAUUACCAAAGUUGACUUGUUCAUCACCGAAACCGAACCGUUUAGAAUGGCGAAGGAUCCAAACGAACAAGAAAAUUUAGGCGCAGUGUUGUAUCAAUGUUUGGAAGCCUUACGCAUCUCGGCGUGUAUUUUAGAACCGAUUUUACCAAAUAAGAUAAAGGAAAUGCACGCUGGUUUGCCUUUGUAUGCCAACGUAAGCGAUUCUAUGGGAAAGCGAUUAGUAUGGGGUGGAUUGAAACCGGGAACGACCGUUUCCAAGCUCGCGCUUUUCCCUAGACUGGAUCCUUUAGAUGAAAACGGGGAAAUUAUGAAAGAAGAAGCGCAAGCUCCAGCGACGUCCAAUAAGCCGGCCAAAAAGUCUAAAACCAAAGUUGAGAAGGUAUACAGUCCCGAAACUCAAGCGAAGAUAGAUGCGCAAGGUGCCCUCAUUCGAUCCAUGAAAGAAUCGGGAAAGACGAACGACGAUGCAGAAGUUGCAGAAGCGGUUAAAAUUUUGAAGGAGUUGAAAGCGUAA